AUGAGGAGAGCUGAGGAAAUGAAGAACCUGAAGAAGGAUGUCCAGAAGAAGGGCACGACUACUACUACUACUACUACCCAAAAAGAUGUAUCAGCCAUGGCUGGAAGUUUAAAGAAGAAGGCUAGCGGAUCUGAUGAAGAACGUGUCUCGGCUACCCACAGUCAGGUUGAUGAGAAGGAAAACGAUGACGAGGUUCAGUGGCACGCUGAAACAUCUGCGGAGGCAGUUCCUUGGCGCAUCCAGGAACAAUUGAGUUCUGCUACUGCUGAAAUGGUUAUGCUUUCUACCAUUGAUACGGGGAAGAAGGCCAAAGAAACAGCAAAAGCAAAUGGCAGCAGCCUGGAAGUUGCUGUUUCUCCUAGAGCCGAGGAGAAAUUGAUAUCGAAAGAGAACGAGAAGACGAGUUCUGUCAGGACUCUAGCCAACGAGUUAAAGGAAAGCAUUGGUAAAGGAAUCGCUCCAGGCCAGCUGCCUGGUCUUCUGGAUUCACUGCCUGAUUUGGAUAAAGGAAAAGAUGGAUGCUUUGCUUAUGGCUUUGUUCGAGGGCAAGGGACUCGCGAAGGAAGCUGCCAAGAAGAAGAUGUAUCUGGCUGCUGCCAUUGUAGCCCAAGGUGGAGAUUCCACAGUUGCUUCUACUUGGUUCCAUCCAGGGUUUCUUUCAGGAAUCUUGUUCAGGUGUGGAAGUGGCUGUUGCUCUCAUAG